AUGACAUGCCUCGCGUCCAUUCUCGGGAAGAUCCACCUGCGCCCGCCGGCCGGUGUGCCUGGCUCUGCGGUGCCCGCCAUCCUGGUCGGGCAUUUCGUUGCGUUGGGAGGGAUUCUCUUUGGAUAUGAUACCGGCAACAUCAAUGGCAUCUUGGCCAUGCAGCAAUGGAAAGACAGCUUCUCGACCGGCUACAUCAACCCCAUCACCGGACUGCCCGACAUCACCGCCGGCCAGAAAUCCUUGAUCGUCUCCAUCCUCUCGGCUGGCACCUUCUUUGGCGCGCUCUUCGCCGCCCCGGCUGCCGACAGGAUCGGCCGACGAUGGGGUCUCAUCGCGGCGAACGCUGUCUUCAUCCUGGGCGUCACGCUGCAGACAGCGGCGUCGGCCAUUCCGCUGUUCGUCGUCGGUCGAUUUCUUGCCGGGUAUGGAGUUGGGAUGCUAUCUACCCUGAUCCCGCUCUACCAAUCCGAGACUGCACCGAAAUGGAUCCGAGGCUUUAUCGUCGGCGCAUAUCAGUUUGCUAUUACUGUUGGGCUGUUCCUCGCGGCGAUCGUGGACAACGCGACCAAGGACCGGAAUGACACGGGGUCGUACCGGAUCCCGCUCGCGGUGCAGGCCGCCUGGUCUCUGCUUCUGAUGGCCGGGAUGAUCACUCUCCCGGAGACGCCUCGCUAUCUCAUCAAGCGAAACCGCCUAGAUGCGGCGGCUCGGUCACUGGCCAGGCUGCGACGACUUCCAGUCAACAGUCCUCAUCUGGCUGAAUUAGCAGACAUCGCCCAGCACCACGAGCGGGAGCUCAACCUGGGCGGCAACACCUACCUCGACUGCUUCCGGGGGAACCUGGGCAAGCGCCUCGCCACGGGUUGUCUCCUGCAGGCAUUCCAGCAGCUGACCGGGGUGAAUUUCAUCUUCUACUACGGGACCUCGUUCUUCCAGACGGCGGGGAUGCGCAACGCGUUCACCAUCACGGUGAUCACCAACGUCGUCAACAUGGCCUCCACGAUCCCGGGACUGUGGAUGGUCGAGAAAUGGGGUCGUCGCCCUCUCCUCCUGUUCGGGGGUACGGGGAUGGCCAUCUGCCAGCUGAUCGUCGCAUCGGUGGGCACGGCGCUGAAGGAGGAUCCCGUCGCCAACAAAGCGUCGGUGGCCUUUCUGUGUAUGUACAUCUUCUUCUUCGCCUGCUCGUGGGGGCCCGUGGUAUGGGUCGUUCCCGGCGAGAUCUACACGCUGAAAGUGCGUGCCAAGGCGCUGUCCAUGUCGACAGCGUCCAACUGGCUGGUCAACUGGGGGCUGGCGUACGCGAUCCCGUACAUGAUCGACGCGGGGCCGGGGAACCUGAACCUGCAGGCGAAGGUAUUCUUCAUCUGGGGCGGAUGCUGCGUGGUGGCGAGCGUGUUCGUGUGGUUCAUGGUGUACGAGACGAAGGGGCUGUCACUGGAGCAGGUAGACGAGCUGUACGCAGCGGUGAGCAAGGCGUGGGAAUCGAAGCAUUUCGUGCCGCGACCGCAGUCCUACACGGGACGGCCUCGGACGUGGUCAUCCAACAAGUCGCGCCUGACAACGACGGGCUACACCUGCCACGUAGAGGCAAUGCACUCGCCCACGCCAGACGACGACCGCAACAGGCGGGUAAUGGUCGGGAAGGCCUCGCAUCGCUUUGACUAUGACGAUCAGCGGCCGUUUCGAUUCGAUGAUCGACGGGCAUUUCCGUACGAGGAUCGACCUGGGAGGAAAGCAAAGAAAACAUUGGAAGCCAAGGAUAGUAACUAUUCUAUUAUUAUUGCCAAGUUAAUUCUAGUUAGCUCCUCUGAUGAAUGA